UGGCCAUGGUACUGCUUAUGGAUUUUUCUUCCUCUUCCGAGUACAGCCUCUGGAAGUGCAGAAUAUGAAACUUCAGGAUCCAGUGGGACUGCUACUGCUACUGGCCUUACAGGCAUCAUGGUGGCAAAAUCAAUGGAGUUCACAUAUCAAGAACUGGCAAAGGCUACAAAUAACUUCAGCUUGGAGAAUAAAAUUGGUCAAGGUGGAUUUGGAGCUGUGUAUUAUGCAGAAUUGAGAGGCGAGAAAACUGCAAUUAAAAAGAUGGACGUGCAAGCAUCCACUGAAUUUCUUUGUGAGUUGAAGGUCUUAACUCACGUUCAUCACUUGAAUCUGGUGCGUUUGAUUGGAUAUUGCGUUGAAGGAUCCCUUUUCCUUGUGUAUGAACAUAUUGACAACGGAAACUUAGGCCAAUAUUUGCAUGGUACAGGGAAAGAUCCUUUGACAUGGUCUAGCCGAGUGCAAAUUGCUCUAGAUUCAGCAAGAGGCCUUGAAUAUAUUCACGAGCACACUGUACCAGUGUAUAUCCAUCGUGAUGUAAAAUCUGCAAAUAUAUUAAUAGACAAAAACUUCCGUGGAAAGGUAGCAGAUUUUGGCUUGACUAAACUUAUUGAAGUUGGAAGCUCCACACUUCACACUCGUCUUGUGGGAACAUUUGGAUACAUGCCACCAGAAUAUGCUCAAUAUGGUGACGUCUCUCCAAAAGUAGAUGUGUACGCUUUUGGAGUGGUUCUUUAUGAACUGAUUUCUGCAAAGAAUGCUGUUCUGAAAACAGGUGAAUGUGUUGCUGAAUCCAAGGGUCUUGUAGCUUUGUUUGAAGAAGCACUCGAUCAGAGUAAUCCUUCCGAAGCUAUUCGCAAACUGGUGGAUCCCAGGCUUGGAGAAAACUAUCCAAUUGAUUCAGUUCUCAAGAUUGCGCAACUUGGGAGAGCUUGUACAAGGGAUAAUCCACUACUACGCCCAAGUAUGAGAUCUAUAGUUGUUGCUCUUAUGACACUUUCAUCUCCUAUCGAGGAUUUCGACGAUGAAACUGCUUCCUACGAAAAUCAAACUCUCAUAAAUCUACUGUCUGUAAGAUGAAGGUUCUUUAAACCUAUUGCACCGUGUUUUCAAUGACCUUUGAAAGCAGGUGUGUAAGGUUUGACAAGUUUGUACAUGAAUGGA